AUGUCUGAAUCAUUGAAAAGACCAGCUGGCGAGUCCAUUGCCACCAAAGGUACUAACAAGAAAGCUUCGCUUGAUUACAAGACCAUCGACCUCGAUGAGGACUAUUCCAAGUGCUUGAACCGCGAGGUGUUCACCACAGAAUACAAGCAAGCCCUUCAAGAGAAGAUUGCCGAUGCCACUCCUUAUAAAUGGGGGUCGAUCAAUCAGCUUGUUGAUGAGUCGUUGUUAAGAAACGUUCGUGAUGAAAUCCUUCGAGAAAUCCACUUCACCAAGAAAGAAACCGAUAUUUACAAAGUGUUCCAAUCCGGAGACUUGAAUAACUUGAAUGGGUUGGAUCUGGAAGAACUCUCCAAGUUGCCAAACUUGUUGAAAUUGCGUAACGCAUUGUAUUGUCGUGAAUUCCGUGAGAUGAUCAGCUACGUCACCCAAGCCGGAGCCAUCAGUUCCCACAAAUACGAUAUGUCGUUGAACAUUUACCACAAGUCAUGUCAUUUGUUGACCCACGACGACGUGAUUGGCUCCCGAAGAGUCUCUUUCAUUUUAUACUUACCAGACCCUGACCGGCCAUGGAAAGACCAUUACGGGGGAUGUCUUCGAUUAUUUGGGUCUCAUGAGGCCAAUAUCCCAAAAUCCGAUUUCGCCAAAAAAUUCAUGCCGCAAUUCAAUGAUUACGCAUUCUUUGAAGUCAAACCAGGGUACAGUUUCCAUGAUGUUGAAGAAGUCAAGGCUGACAAACAACGAAUCUCCAUCCAAGGUUGGUUCCAUAUCCCACAAGUCGACGAAGAAGGGUACAUCGAAGGAGAAUUACAAAAAUUCGAACAACAAAGUUCCCUUGAAGGAUUGGAAUCUAGUGUGGUGGAUAAAUUCGAUUUCCCAAAAUUAUUAACCGAUAAGAUCUCGUAUACUGCAGACCAACAGCAGAAAUUCCAACAAGGUAUCCGGUUCGAGGACCUAGAUUUGGAAUAUCUUGGGAAAUUCAUAAACCCUGAGUUAUUGAAUAAAGAGAACCUUGCUGCCCAUUGCUCAGAGUUUUGCAGCGAUUCCAUGAUCACCCUCCAAGAGUUCUUGAGCCCUGAGUAUUCUGAAACUUUAUCAAAAUUGAUCAAGCAAACCGAAUUAGAAACCGAAGUGCCAAAACUCUCCAAAGACGUGGGAUUCCCUUGGAAAGUCGCCAUGCCAAGCGUCAAGAGAAGAUUCUUGUACGUUGAUGGCCGCAAACUCGAGCCAGAACUUUUAGGUUUAUCACUUGAACACGAGUCCGACGCCGAGAAAACCUCGCGAAUCAGUGCUCGUGAAGCCCUUGAUGCUCAACUUCCAAAUGAUCAACCGGAUUUCCUCACCAUGGCCAACUCCGAAUCUUACCAAGACUCUACCACAAAAAAACUCUGUGAACUUGCAGGGUUCUUUGAUAGUUUACAAUUCAAGCAAUAUUUGAAUGCCCUCACCUCACUAAUCCCGCAACUGGCGCAAAAGAUCCUUAUUCGUCGAUUCCGUCCCGGUUCAGACUUCACCCUCGCCACCACCCAGCAGACCGAUUUUGCGGAAACUCUGGGAGAUUCCACCAUGGUCGACGCGGUUCUCGAAGGUACUUUAUGCUUAACUCCUUCAAAGCUUUGGAAGUCUGGGGAAUUCGGAGGGUACGAGCUUUGUAUGAAUGUUGAUUCAGAAGAUAAUGAUCCUGCAGUGUAUCGGAAUGCCUCUUCGGAAGAAGAUAUCAUCAUGAACCGUCAAGCCGAUUGGAAUAGUUUCACUUUGAUGUUGAAAGAUUCUAGCAUUUUGAAGUUUGUGAAAUACGUCAGUUAUUCCGCGCAAGGUAGUCGUUGGGAUAUUAAUUGUCAGUGGCAAGCCCAAAGUUUUGCUGAAUCGGAUCUGGAAGAAGAAGAGUAA